GAUCAAGAGAACUAGACCAUCGAUGAUGAAUAACAAUCAAACUGUCGAAGCUGAACCAUUUGGUCAACAUUGGUCUGAACAACCAUAUCAAUCAAAUCAAUCUCCAAUGAUCAUCUCUUUCUCGCAAAACCAAUUAGAAAGAUUACUUUUACUUCAAACUAAACCAAUCCAACAAACCAAUCCAACUUCAACUCAUCAUCCAGAUCAUCGAGCUCCUUUAACUGAUAACAAUCCGAAUACGCUUGCACUUCGAUCAUUCAUCAAAUCAACUUUAUCCAACCAACAAGAAUAUGAUGGGAUCUCCAUUCCUCUUUCAAACUCUCAGUGGCGUACUAGAUGGGAAAAGAUGUGUGUCGAAAGAUCAGAUCUAGCUCCAAUCUUACAAAAUACAGAUGAGACAAUGGAUGAAACGGCUGAACUUUGGAGAAAGGAUGGAUCAUUUUUAAGUUCAGAACUAAAUAUUACCAAUUCAGCAGAUGUACCUAGAUUACUUUGUUUUGUAGCUGAAUGGUUAGAAUUAGAUUCACCUGUCGAAGGGAUUCGAUUCGAUUGUGAAUUGGCAUUGAAACAAGAAGUCGCCUUUGCAACUUACCUCGGUCUCAGUCAUCUCAUCUUACCUACUCUUCGUCAUCGGAAUUUCAUAACAGAUUACGCUCGAGGUAUCAAUGCUACUCUGGGUCUGAGCUCUACCAUUCAGUUCUCUGUUGUCGUGCCUAUUUCAAGUCCUACAGCUUGGGAAGACUGGCAUACGCUCUACACACUAUGUGGUCAUCAUCCUCGUCUUAGUAUCACUUUGGAAAUGUCAGGAUUUUCAAACACGCAUUCCAAUGUUGGAAGAUGGGCAGCUGAACCCAUCAGUUUCAUAUGGAUGCCAGCCACUACGUUUAUUUCAAAUGCAAAUAUAAAAUUUUUAGAAAAAAAGAUACCAGGUCCUAAUCCGAUUGAACGAUAUGCAUCUAAUUACCUUGAUUACCUACAAUCACCACUUCAACCUUUGGCCGAUAACCUUGACUCAAGUAUUUAUGAAGGGUUUGAGAAAGAUCCCGUAAAGUAUGAGAGAUAUGAAGAGGCAGUUUUUAGAGCUUUGAGUGAUCGUCCUUCGACUCAAGUCCAACAUAUCGCGGUUUGUGGAGCAGGUAGAGGACCAUUGGUACAAGCUUCAUUAGUUGCAGCUCGAAGAGCAGUUAGAAAAGUCAAGAUCAUAGCAGUUGAAAAGAACCCAAAUUCAUAUAUCACACUUCAAAGUAGAAAAGCACAUGAAUGGGGAGACGAAGUUGAACUUUGGUAUGGAGAUAUGAGAGAGUUUAAACCAAAUGAACCGAUCGAUAUACUUGUAUCUGAAUUAUUAGGAUCUUUUGGAGAUAAUGAAGUGUCACCUGAAUGUCUUGAUGGAGUGAUCCGAUGGCUUGCUGAUGAUGGGAUUUCGAUUCCAGCUAGUUAUAGUGCAUUUGUGGCACCGAUGAGUUCAAGUAAACUUCAUUCGAAAGUUAAAGAGAUUGGAAAAUGUGAAACUCCUUAUGUUGUUUUAGCUCAUGCAGCUAACUUAUUAGCACCAGUUCAAGAAGCUUGGUCAUUUGAACAUCCACGUGUAGAUCUUGUUUUUGGUCGUGAAAGUGGUAUUCCAAUUACGAAUUUUCAUAAUGCAAGAUCAGCUCAUUUAACCUUUCAAAUCAAUUCGGCUACUUCAUGUGAUGGGUUUUCAGGAUAUUUUCGUGCAGUUUUAUAUAAUGAAAUCUUUAUUGAAACCAUACCUGAAACAGAAAUGUCAAAAUCAAUGUUAUCUUGGUUUCCGAUUUUUUUUCCAUUCAAAGAACCUAUUUAUUUACCAACAGGAAGUGAAAUCGAGAUUCAUUUAUGGAGAUUAACCGAUCAAUCCACUCGAAAGGUUUGGUACGAAUGGUCAGCUGAUGUAUAUUUAAAAGUCAAACCUGAAGGAGGAGCACCUAAACCAAGUUCGAUGAGUUUCAACACAUUAGAAACAGGUCAUCAUACUACUUGGCCAGAAGAUUUCGCUAAUGCUCCUUCACCUAGGAUCACUAGUUCUUUGAUUGGUAAUAAUAGUUUUGGAAAUCUUGGGGGAUUGGAUGAGAGUAGGAUUAGGAUUGGGGUGGUGGGGUUGCAGAACGCUAAUGGAAAAGAAUCGGCUGUGAAAUGGUAA